AUGCUGCUUUGGAUUCUGUUGCUGGAGACGUCUCUUUGUUUUGCUGCUGGAAACGUUACAGGGGACGUUUGCAAAGAGAAGAUCUGUUCCUGCAACGAGAUAGAAGGGGAUUUGCACGUAGACUGUGAGAAAAAGGGGUUUACCAGCCUGCAACAUUUCAGCGCCCCAACUUCCCAGUUUUACCAUUUAUUCUUGCAUGGAAAUUCCCUGACUCGACUUUUCCCUAAUGAGUUUGCUAACUUUUACAAUGCAGUCAGUUUGCACAUGGAAAACAACGGUUUGCAUGAAAUUGUUCCUGGGGCUUUUCUUGGGCUGCAGCUGGUAAAACGUUUGCAUAUAAACAACAAUAAGAUAAAAUCGUUCAGGAAGCAGACUUUCCUGGGGCUGGACGAUCUGGAAUAUCUCCAGGCAGAUUUUAAUUUAUUAAGGGAUAUUGACCCGGGAGCAUUUAGGGAUUUAAACAAGCUGGAGGUGCUGAUUUUAAAUGACAACCUCAUCAGCACCUUACCUGCCAACGUGUUUCAGUAUGUGCCGAUCACCCACCUCGACCUUCGGGGAAACCGACUUAAAACCUUGCCUUAUGAGGAGGUCCUGGAGCAGAUCCCAGGCAUUGCUGAAAUUCUGCUGGAAGAUAACCCCUGGGACUGCACUUGUGAUCUGCUAUCCCUGAAGGAGUGGCUGGAAAACAUACCCAAAAACGCUUUGAUCGGCAGAGUCAUUUGUGAAGCUCCUACUAGGUUGCAGGGCAAAGAUUUGAAUGAGACCACAGAGCAAGAGCUGUGCAGGAAAAACAGAGUGGAUUCUAGUCUAGCUGCUCCCCCUGCCGAAGAGGAAACCUGUGAUCCUGGUCCCAUUCCAACCCCCUUUAAAAUACAUGGCAAAGAAGAUCCUGCCACUCCCGGAUCUGCUCCAAACGGAGGUACAAAGAUCCCAGUCAACUGGCAAAUCAAGACCCGGCCCACUGCUGCAAGCUCGACAAUUAGCGUGAAAAACAAGCUACCGACUAGCAUGCCCUGUCCGGAGAUUUGUAGCUGCGAUCAGAUCCCUGGCUCGGGUUUAAAGGUUAAUUGCAACGAAAGAAAUGUGAGCAGUUUGGUAGCUUUGAAACCCAAGCCGUCCAAUGUGCAGGAGCUGUUUCUGAGAGACAACAAAAUACAUACAAUCAGGAAAUCCCACUUUCUGGAUUACCGGAAACUUAACCUAUUGGAUUUGGGGAACAAUAACAUCGCUACUGUGGAGAACAACACCUUCAAGAAUCUCUUCGAGCUCAGGUGGCUCUACAUGGAUAGCAACUACUUGGACACCCUGUCCCGCGAGAAAUUCACCGGGCUGCAAAACCUAGAGUAUCUGAAUGUGGAGUUUAAUGAGAUCCAGUUGAUUCAGCCCGGCACCUUCAAUGCAAUGCCCAAGCUCCGAGUCCUAAUCCUCAACAACAACCUGCUGAGGUCCCUCCCUGUCGAUGUGUUCGCCGGGGUCUCGCUUUCCAAGCUGAGUAUACACAAUAACUAUUUCAUGUACCUCCCGGUGGCGGGGGUAUUGGACCAGCUCACGUCCAUCACCCAGAUAGAUCUGCAUGGCAACCCGUGGGACUGUUCGUGCCCGAUUGUGCCUUUCAAACAGUGGGCAGAGAUGCUGCGCCCCAAGGUGGUCAUGAGCGAUCUGAGGUGUGAAUCCCCAGAGGAUUUCUUUAAGGAGGAUUUCGAGUCCCUCUCCAACGACGUGAUUUGCCCGCAACUCAAAAUCUCGCCCACCUUCACUUCCAAUCACAAAAACAGCACCGGGUUGGCAGAGACAGGGACUCACGCCAACUCCUACCUAGAGACCAGCCGGGUCUCCAUUUCGGUGCUGGUCCCAGGACUCCUGCUGGUGUUUGUCACCUCCGCCUUCACAGUAGUUGGCAUGCUCGUGUUCAUCCUGAGGAACAGAAAGCGCUCCAAGCGGAGGGACGCCAACUCAUCUGCAUCUGAAAUCAAUUCCUUACAGACAGUCUGCGAUUCUUCUUACUGGCACAACGGACCCUACAAUGCAGAUGGAGCCCAUAGAGUUUAUGACUGUGGCUCUCAUUCUCUAUCAGACUAA